UUUUUAUUGUGUAAUGAGUAUCGCUUACGGAGUAUUUUUUGAGAAUCUUUUCGCCUCCCCCAGAACCAGACUACAGUGCCAUGAAGGUCGGAAAGGAUCCAAAUAAACCGAGGAAGCCUCUUACUCCUUUCUUCCUUUUCCUGAAGAGUGGAGGAAUAUGUCCGCCGCCGAUAAAGCUCCUUACUUACUCAAGGCUGAUAAACUGAAGGCGGAGUACAAGAAGAACAUGCGGGCCUAUUGUCGAAAGCAGCAGCUCGAUAAUGGAGGUGCUGAACAGGAACCUAAAAACUCUGAAAGUCCUUCUCAACAAAGCGAUGAUGGCGGAGAAUGUGAAGAAAGAAGAAAGCCCUCUAGUGGAAAUGCUGAAACAUUUCCAGUACAAAAAGUUAGAGGCCAUGUGAAUAUUUUUAGCACAGCAGACCUUCUUAUCCGUUCAAAGAAAAUUCUCAGUCCUGAUAAAGGGAAACCUGGGCAAGCCUCUGAUCCUCACACUGGAAUAGCUUCCAGGAUCCCUAAUACUGUGUUGUUGCCUGAUGCCUCUUCCCCCGUAGAUAAUUCUAUGGGCCUUCCACCUUCGUCAGCUUGUCCACCAUGCCACGGACAUAACAAAAGAAACUCACCUUCUUCUCCCAUUGCCUCGUGUGCUACAAAGAAGCCCCGAGUGAGCAUGGACAAUGAACAGAACAUUUCAUCAAAAAAGGGUACCAUCAAAACUGAAGAAGUGUCAGAGGACGGUUAUCCUCCGUUUGAUAUGGAAAUACUGGAGAGUAUAUUUUCAGAGAAACUGUGCGAAUCUGUGAUGAUAUAUGCCUUCAAGUGUGUUUUUCGCGUCCUUGAAUUAAAAAAUGAUGCCAACACUUCUGCAAGUGAUGACAAGAGUGCUACUGGGAACAAGUUUGAUAUUCUGAUUUCACGAGUCUUGCAA